AUGACAGAAGACUGUCUGCUCCACAGAGCUCUUUUAUCCCAGCCCUUCGGGUUGAAAACGGCCGCCUCCCUGGAUGGGGACCCCGAGACUCAAAUCACCAGUGGCGAAAAUGGUCCAAUCGCACAGUCAGUGGUGCUCAUGCAUCGUAGCUAUCGCCUUCAGUGCAUUGCGCAACGGGAUCCGUUUGACAUGUUUGCUGAGGUCGAUCACCCCCUUCAAGAACUUUCGUCGGACUUCAUGACCAGUAGUCCGCCUGCUCGAACUGAUCAAGAGAUAACCACAAUGGAACACUACAAAGAGCUUCAUCGUGUUCUAGUGCGUAUCUUGUGGAACAGUCUGCGGAUUUCAGAUCUGUCAGCGCCGCAAGAACAAGUGGUCGAGCUCCAGAUACAUGCCAUACUGGAUGUAAAAGAUAUGGCUCUACUUGCGCAAUAUUGCAGCCUAAAUCGGACGGUUUCACGUACUGUAUCAGCUGAUACAAUCAACUCAAUAUUCUCACGACUAUUUACGUCGGUGACCGUUGCGUCAGACAUAGAGACGUACUUUUGGUGGUUGUCUCCAUCCAAGUUUUUGUAUUCUGCGAUUUUUAGCCUUGUUAUGUUGAUCUUGAUUUCCCUUAUCUUUCAUAUUGGACUUCGCCGCUUGUGGUUGUCUGUUCCUUGCCUUAUUAUUGCAGCUAUCGUCGUCCAAUCUUUGGUUAAAAAGUACCAUGAACGCCUGGCUGAGAAAAUGUCUGUUUUGUCUCGUUACGACGGUCCUCCUGAUCACUGUAAACCUCGUCAUCUUCAGUCUUGGUCUGUAUGGCUGUCUGGACUAUUUUCACUUCGACCCGGUCAUGACGAAUGUGCUCACUAUUACCAACACAUUGUUAGCGAACCUUGGAUCUCCGCAAGUCUGGAGGAAACCAUUUGGGAGUUGGUUAUGGGACCAAUCGUCACUUUUGGCCGGAUUUCAGGCAAAAGUGUUGGACUUUUCUAUGAUAACGUUGUGAACUAUGUUCCAUUUUGGGUUGCCGUACUGUUGAUCCCGCUAUGUCUGAUGGUCAGUGUUAUCCCGUUCCUAUGUUUUGUUCGCUUUCUCCUUCUUACUCCAAAGGUUUCUUAUCCCAACCCUCGUACAACCAUGAAAUUCACAACUAACACUGCUCUCAUGCCACAUCGGCCGUCGCGUGGUGCCAUCAGCCGGGUCGCCUUACUUGCUGCAUACAGCAGGGCGUGUAAGCGAAAACAGGCUACUGCUAACGCCUCCCUUCUUUCUCCUUCACAUACUUUCCCCCCUCCUCCCACCCCAUUAAUAACUCUCUCCUUGCCCAUUGUUAUAUCUGCUGAUUCGCUGGCCUGUAUGCCUAGUGUCGGAGAGAAAAAGGCUCACGGAAGGGAACAAAAUAGCUAUAUUCCAACAAAGUGGUUGCGAGAGCGCGAGUGCGAAAAGUACAACGGCCUCAAGCUUUUUAUUGGAAGGACACUGUCUGAACUUGGUCCAAUGCUGACGCACGCGUACGAGGCAGCGACGUGCUGCAUAUUGCGGAGGCGUUGUCUGUCCUUGAUCAACGCUGACUCGCGCUGUCUGGGUUUGAUGCAAGGCUGUGACGCGCUGCAUAUUGAGGGGGCGUUGUCUGUCUGGUCAACACCCAGCGGAGCUGAGAGUCUCCUGGUUGCUUUCAGGAAGCUGACCUUCCUGAUACCCACACUUAGGAAUGAUGACUCUGUUCGUCAUGCAUCGGUUUUGCGUGCAGCAUCUGCUCGUCACAUAGCGCUGACAUCCUCAGGUAUAUACAAAUUAGUCUUCAAGCCUCGACAAACAGUCUAUCUAACCGCCAAGCAGCACAAUAAGCUGCUCUUGCACUCACACUGGACUCGCUUGUCAUUGAUAUGUGCUGUUUCUCGGGAUGCAAGUACAGUGGUUGAGCUAACCGCCCCGUCUUUCUCCACUCGUUUCCGGCUGCGCACCUCUGGUGAUCCAGAGACUGCUGCAGCGGGAUUCACAGGGGUUGGUAUUGUGCUAAGUCACCGGGCGGAAGUAUCCUUGCCUGACUGGACACCUGCUGAUUGUCGCCUCUGUGCGGUUCGCCUGGCAACGUCUGUGAAGAAGUCUCACAAGCAGCAAGUUGAUAGAUGUCUGUUUAUCGUAUCUGCCCACGCUUCAACUGGCCGUAGCUCCGAUGCCGUCACAGACGAAUUUAACGACGCCCUGAAUGUUCUGGUACGGCGACCUAAAAGCCCAGAUAUUGUGGUGCUUGCUGGACAUUUUAAUGCACAAGUCGGCGGGCUCAGUGUACCUGAGACUCAGUUAGUCGACAUGGACUGGACUCGGUACGUACGGAAAAUGGGUGACGAUUGUUUCAGCUGUGUGCUGAUCACAGGAUGUUUUUACGCUGUACCAUAUUCCGAAAUAGCCACAUGGUAUACUGCAACGGCAUGCCGGCCACAAACUCAAAUGGACCACAUUGCAAUCAGUUACCGAUGGCGCGGAUCAAUAACUGACUGUCGGUCAUUUUGGAACAAAUUUGUGGAUUCUGGCCAUGAACUCGGCCUGAGUCGCUUCUCCCGACGUUUCCCCUUGUCCGCACGAACUUACCAGAAUCGUCUUCUAGAUUCUCUUCUAAAUGCUCUACCACAGAGAUGUGAACAAAUACCGGGACGAGAUUGCCACCUCUGCAUAGUGCUGGGAAUUUCGCCUGUAGCACGGCCCAAACGGGCGCACCCAAGCACUGAAUAUCAGACCGAACGGUGGUACUACUUAAAUCUCGAAGAAAUAUCCCAGCCGGUCCCGAACAUAACGCGGUUCGAAGUGCUAUCAGACGUCAAGUGA